UCCUCACCCAUCUCUCCUCUCUCCUCAGGUAGAGUAGACAGACACACUACAAAGAGGAUGAGACGACACAACAGGAAUGCAGCAAAUUCCAAUGCCCUAAAUUCCCAUUUUCACUCUUCAAAACCCUAAACACCACCACCACCACCUAAAGCAUCCACACCAAAGAGUUCCUCCAAACUUGAACACCAGAUUUUCUCGAUCUUUACUUUCAUCUUUUUCUUUUCUCAAAGAGAAUCUCAUUCUUUGCUGUUCACCAAAGUUCCAAUCGUUUGUUAAACUAUAUGCUUCCUAAAAAGAGACCUACUACUGUGUUAGUAGACAACACCAACAUCAACACGGCAGGGGAAGGAGAAUCGUUGCUUAAGAAGUCCAGGAUUGAUUGUAUGAUUUCUUCAGCUACGGAGAAUACCACCAACAGCAGUAGUGGUAAGGGGAAUUUUAAUUCUGGUAGUAGUGGAGAUAUUGUGGUGAAUAAUCUGGAUACUCCAAUGGCGAUGGGUGAUGGAAGUUCAAAUGAUAUUGACGAAGAUCUUCAUAGUCGACAACUUGCUGUUUAUGGACGUGAAACAAUGAGGAGGCUGUUUGGUGCGAAUGUGCUUAUAUCUGGGAUGAACGGAUUGGGUGCAGAAAUUGCAAAGAAUCUUAUUCUCGCUGGUGUCAAAUCCGUAACUCUUCAUGAUGAAGGCACAGUGGAGCUGUGGGACUUGUCUGGCAACUUUCUUUUUGCCGAGACAGAUGUGGGAAAGAAUAGGGCCCUUGCUUCUGUGCAAAAGCUGCAAGAGUUGAACAAUGCGGUAGCUGUUUCAACCUUAACAGACAAAUUGUCUAAGGAGCAGCUUUCCAACUACCAGGCUGUCGUAUUUACUGAUAUCGGCUUGGAGGCUGCCAUUGAGUUUGACGAAUACUGUCAUAAUCACAAGCCUGCGAUCUCUUUCAUCAAAACUGAAGUCCGGGGUCUUUUUGGCUCUGUAUUCUGCGAUUUUGGUCCUGAAUUUACUGUUGUGGAUGUUGAUGGGGAGGAGCCACAUACGGGUAUAAUUGCAUCCAUCAGUAAUGACAAUCCUGCACUUGUUUCUUGCGUUGAUGAUGAGCGACUGGAGUUUCAAGAUGGAGACCUAGUUGUAUUCUCUGAAGUUCAUGGGAUGACAGAACUGAAUGAUGGACAGCCCAGGAAGGUCAAAAAUGCCAGACCUUACUCCUUUGAACUUGACGUGGACACUACAAAUUAUGGAGGGUAUAUGAGAGGUGGUAUAGUCACACAGGUGAAACAACCGAAGGUGUUGAAGUUUAGGACACUGAAAGAAGCGAUGAAUGAUCCUGGCGAUUAUCUUCUGAGUGAUUUUUCUAAGUUUGAUCGUCCCCCUCUGCUGCACUUGGCUUUUCAAGCAUUGGAUAAGUUCACAGGGGAAUUGGGACGAUUCCCUGCUGCUGGGUCAGAAGAGGAUGCACAAAAGCUGAUUUCUAUCUCUAAAACUAUCAAUGAAACUUCUGGUGAUGUAAGGCUAGAGGAGAUUGAUGAGAAACUAUUGCGCCAUUUCUCCUUUGGCUCCAAAGCUGUUUUAAAUCCCAUGGCGGCCAUGUUUGGUGGUAUUGUAGGCCAGGAGGUUGUGAAAGCAUGCUCUGGAAAGUUCCAUCCUCUUUAUCAGUUCUUUUACUUUGACUCUGUUGAGUCUCUUCCUGCCGAGCCAGUGGAUCCUAGCGAUUUGAAACCAGUAAAUAGCCGGUAUGAUGCCCAAAUAUCAGUGUUCGGAUCCAAGCUUCAGAAGAAACUUGAGGAUUCUAAAGUGUUUAUGGUUGGAUCUGGUGCUCUUGGCUGUGAAUUCUUGAAGAACCUAGCUCUGAUGGGAGUUUCCUGCAGCAACCAAGGGAAGCUGACAAUUACUGAUGAUGAUGUCAUUGAGAAGAGUAAUCUUAGCAGACAGUUUCUUUUCAGGGAUUGGAACAUUGGCCAGGCUAAGUCUACAGUUGCUGCCUCUGCCGCCUCGUCAAUAAAUCCAAACUUGCACAUUGAAGCUCUUCAAAAUCGUGCAUCUCCUGAAACAGAAAGUGUGUUUAAUGAUGCAUUUUGGGAGAAUCUGAACGUUGUUGUCAAUGCGCUCGAUAACGUUAACGCUAGGAUAUACAUGGAUCAGAAGUGCUUGUAUUUCCAGAAACCACUUCUGGAAUCUGGAACUUUAGGUGCUAAAUGCAACACUCAGAUGGUUAUUCCCCAUUUGACUGAGAACUAUGGUGCCUCAAGGGACCCACCAGAAAAGCAAGCGCCAAUGUGUACCGUUCACUCAUUCCCACACAACAUUGAUCACUGCUUGACGUGGGCACGCUCUGAGUUUGAGGGCUUACUGGAGAAGACACCAACAGAAGUCAACUCCUACCUGUCCAAUCCUACUGAAUAUAUCAAUGCCAUGAAGAAAGCAGGUGAUGCACAGGCGAGGGAGAAUUUGGAACGUGUUAUUGAGUGUCUCGACAGGGACAAAUGUGAAGGUUUCCAGGACUGCCUCACCUGGGCCCGUCUAAAGUUUGAAGACUACUUUGUGAACCGUGUCAAGCAGUUGACCUUUACUUUCCCGGAGGAUGCUUCAACCAGCUCAGGGGCCCGAUUCUGGUCUGCGCCAAAGCGCUUCCCCCGUCCUCUUGAGUUCUCAGUAGAUGACCUCAGUCACCUGCAAUUCAUCAUGGCUGCAUCCAUCCUGCGGGCUGAGACAUUUGGCAUCCCAAUUCCUGACUGGGUUAAGAACCCUAGUAAAUGUGCAACUGCUGUUAACAACGUUAUAGUCCCAGAUUUCCAACCAAAGGAGGGAGUUAAUAUCGUAACCGAUGAGAAAGCAACAAACCUCUCAUCUGCGUCUAUAGAUGAUGCAUCAGUUAUCAACGAUCUGACUAGAAAGGUGGAGGACUGCAGUAGCAAGUUGCCUUCUGGGUUUCGAAUGAGCCCAGUACAAUUCGAAAAGGAUGAUGACACAAAUUACCACAUGGACUUGAUAGCCGGAUUCGCUAACAUGCGGGCAAGGAACUACAGUAUUCCUGAAGUUGACAAGCUGAAGGCUAAGUUUAUCGCUGGGAGAAUCAUACCUGCAAUUGCAACCUCCACAGCAAUGGCAACAGGUCUUGUUUGCCUGGAGCUAUACAAGGUGAUAGAUGGAGCACACAAGGUUGAGGAUUACAGGAACACUUUUGCAAACUUGGCACUCCCACUAUUUUCAAUGGCAGAACCAGUCCCACCAAAGGUUUUCAAGCACAGAGAUAUGGCGUGGACGGUUUGGGAUAGGUGGGUUCUCAGGGACAAUCCUACCUUGAGGGAGCUGAUGCAGUGGUUGAAGGACAAGGGUCUGAAUGCAUACAGCAUUUCGUGCGGAACCAGCUUGCUCUUCAACAGUCUGUUCCCCAGGCACAAGGACAGGAUGGAUAGAAAGGUGGUUGACCUAGCCAGGGAAGUUGCUAAAGUUGAAGUGCCUCCAUACCGACGCCAUAUUGAUGUGGUGGUGGCUUGUGAGGAUGACGAGGAUAACGACAUUGAUAUCCCACUGGUUUCUGUUUACUUCCGGUAGACAUUUUCUUCCACAAUUUACUCGGUGAGGGAGUAUUAUCCAAGAGUUGUUCCCAUGGAUAAUUCCUUUUCUUUCUAUCACUCUAUUAUUAGCAGAAGAAACUAUUUUAUAUACAUAACUGAAAAAGGGAUGAUCUCCAAAUCUCUGAGUAUAUAAACUUUUACUCAUCAACAGCCUAUGUUUGAUGAAUCUCUCUCUGUUUUGAUAGUGGAUCAUACGUAAACAUUUUGUGCUUUGUUAUUUGGUCUUCUUGUAGUUCAUUGCUAACAUUCUUGGGUCUCUUUAUAACCGAAGUGAAGUGGUCUCAUUGCUUUUUUUCAUUUUUUUUCAUU